UGCGCAAUGACAACAGUAGACCAGACACAUCGCAUUCAAGAAGGGAUACAUAUAAACUCAAACAGCGAUUAUUUCCUAAUAUUUUUUUUAUUUAACUCAACGUCAUCGAACCAGGAUGCCUUUCCUCGGACAGGACUGGAGGUCACCGGGUCAGAAUUGGGUUAAAACCGAGGUGGGAUGGAAAAAGACAACAGCAGACGAGAAAGACAACAAUGUCUCCGUGGAGAGCUUCUGCAAAGCCGAGGAGGAGGAGGAGUGUUUCAACAAGGAGAACCUGCUGCUCUCUCUCAGCUACGACAUGGCUGCCAAGAAAAGGAAAAAAGACAUAAUGAACAACAACACCAAAGUCCCCUAUUUCCACAGGGAAAAGUGGAUUUAUGUUCAUAAAGGAAGCACCAAGGAGCGCCACGGAUAUUGUACACUGGGAGAGGCCUUCAACCGCUUAGACUUCUGCAGCGCCAUCAAGGACACGAGGAGAUUUAACUACGUUGUCAGACUCCUGGAGCUUAUCGCCAAGUCCAAGCUCCCCUCGCUCAGCGGAGUGGCGCAGAAAAACUACAUGAAUAUUCUGGAGAGAGUGGUACAGAAAGUUCUCGACGACCAGCAGAACGUUCGUCCCAUCAAGGAGCUGCUGCAGAUGCUCUACGUCUCGCUGUGUGGUCUCGUCCAGGACAUGGGCAAGUCUGUCCUGGUGGGGAACAUCAACACCUGGCUGCACCGCAUGGAGAACAUCCUGCAGUGGCACCAGCAGCUUGACAACAUACAGAUCAAAAGGCCCACAUCUACAGGCAUGACUCUGACUGCCCUGCCUGUCAGUCUGCAGUUGAACAUCAUGCAGCGUCUGACAGACGGCAGGGACCUGGUCAGCCUGGGUCAGGUGUGCCCCGAGCUGGGGCCCCUCACCGAGGACCGGCUGCUGUGGAAGAGACUCUGCCAGUAUCACUUCACAGACAGACAGAUCCGAAAACGCCUGAUGGUGUCGGACAAAGGUCAGCUGGAGUGGAAGAAGAUGUACUUUAAGCUGAGCCGCUGCUAUCCUCACAGAGAAGAAUACAGUGACACCCUGCACUUCUGCACACACUGCCACAUCCUUUUCUGGAAGGACACAAACCAUCCCUGCACAGCCAACAACCCAGAAAGUUGCACCAUGGCCCUCUCUCCUCAAGACUUUAUCAAUCUCUUCAACUUCUGAUCCCCCCCCCCCCACACACACACAAAUCCAGAUGUACAUACUGUACAUAGAAAUGUACAAUACUGUUUUUGUUUAAUAGCACUAUUGAUUUCUGAAUGUGUAUUUUGUUGAGGCACUGGAGGUGGGCCUCAGGCAGUGGGACAAUUUUGCAAUGGAGUUUCUUUUGAAAGAGUACAGAGACCUCUGGGAGAGUUUCACAGCGGCAACAAGUGAAUGUGACAGAGAGGAAAAGAGAUGUAGCAGUCGGCCUGUGGAUGGAGGAUAAAGGGAACAGCUGUUAGAGUUUAGUCUUAGUUUCAUAUGUUUUUUUAUUUAAAGGUACACCUCCGAAGUAAACGCACCUCUUGACCUCAGAUGUGUGCUCUUGUUUUUCCCAAUUUGGAGAAUUUGGUUUUAUUUCUUUGGUUUACAAACCAUGUAAUGUUUUUCCAAAAUGGGAAGUAGGAAGAUUAUUGAAACCUGUUUGAAAUUGUGAUUUGUUUAAUAUAUUUGCAAGUCCUGCUCACGUUGGGGGGAUGCAAUGUGUGUGUGUGUGUGUGUGUGUGUGGUAGUAUUCAAUAAUAUUCUGUGUGGCCCUGGGAAGUAGAGACGUAAAUCUUAAGUUGCUGCAGAAAGAGAAUGAAUGUAAGCAAGGGAGUCAAUAAUCGUACGACUGAGUGAUGAUUCUUUGAUGAUAUGUUGACACCACAUUAUGUUUUCUAUUUCUCUUUGUUGUUUUUCACUUUUAUAAAGAUUUGAUAUGACAUUUUAUUUGAUUAAUUGUGUGUUAAUUUUCUGCUGUGGCUGCUAUAGCGACAGCACCUGAGUGCAGUAUUACCAAAGAUUGUAAUCUAAGUCAGUAUAACGAUGGCGUGUGCCUUUUUAUCGUGAAACUUGAAACCGCUACAGCGUAAUCCUUGUUGGCAAUGUUUUCAGAUCCUGAUGCUGUUUUUUUUUUUUUAUCUUCAGUAACAAAUGUCUCAUUUUACAGAAGUUUUGUCUUUAAAAUCUGAGGCUCUGAUAUCAAAGUUGACAGUCUGAAACAACUUGUUUUUCUAUAGCCUCCUGCAUGAUUUUUUUUAAAAACGCUGAUUGUGUUUACUUAUUUAUUGAGAUUCUGGCAAGGAAUGGAAAUGAUCUUUAUAAAAGGUGCACUUUGUUUGACCCAGACUUUCCUCUAUUACUGCUCAGACAGUGAGGAAUAAUGUACAUGCUAUGCAAUGCAUUCUCUUUAUGUUCUGUUGAAUAAAUAAAAUAAUCUGUCACUUUUAUAUGUAGACAUCACAUUUGAAUGUGAAGCUUUAUGUAGGAUGAUUGUUAAACAUUUUCUUCAGAUUAAAAAUGCACACUGGUGUUUUUCUAAAGGUC